AUAUCUCGUCAUCGCCUGGAAAGUGUCAUACCUAACAGACACUAUCGCACAGCUGUCUGACCUGCUAUUAUUUAAUAUAGGUCUGCCCUGGCACAUUAGUUUCGACUUUGGAAAUUGGAAACUUGAAUCAAAGAUAGUAGUACACAAUGGCGAAAACCCCGGAAACUAUUGCGCUGGAACAGCUGGACAAGGACCAGAUGAAAACGUUUUCAGAUUUUUUGAUGUCAUACAACAAGCUGUCCGAGAUGUGCUUCACAGACUGCGUACGCGACUUCACAUCCCGAGAUGUCAAAGAUUCCGAGGAAAAGUGCUCGCUCAACUGCAUGGAGAAGUACCUGAAGAUGAAUCAACGUGUGUCGCAGCGCUUCCAGGAGUUCCAGGUUAUCGCCAACGAAAACGCCCUGGCCAUGGCCCAAAAGACUGGGAAGCUGUAGUACUUUACAUAUGUUACAACUAGUUUAGAUCCUGGCGAUAAUGCAUUUCUGUUGCAUUUGAUUUGUCAAAAUAGCUGAGUAAAGGACGAGACGAUGGUAGCGGUUCGACCCGGAA